AUUGGAUAAUCAUUACUCCACAAGUAUUAAAUUCAUUUCCUGUUACCAAUUGCUAUUGCUAUUCAUCCAUCUACCAUAGUUCAAGUGUAUCUUAUAUUGUUGCUUUGAUCCACGUUGUACCAUCAAUUAUAAUGCCAUUUGUUCAGCCUGCUUCUGAGCCUGAUGGUCAUAAAUUCCAAAAGUUUUUCAACAAACUAAGUGGACAACCACCAAGUUAUGCCCAAAAGACGGAUUAUAUAUUUGGUCGUACAUUAGGAGCUGGUACUUUCGGUAUAGUGAGACAAGCGAGAAGAAUAUCAACAAAAGAGGAAGUUGCCAUAAAGAUUGUUAUGAAAAAGGCAUUGAAAGGAAAUGAAAAAGUAUUCUAUGAAGAAUUGGGUCUCUUGCAAAAGUGUAAACAUCCAAAUAUUGUUGGAUUUAGAGACUGGUUUGAAAGUAAAGAUAAAUUUUAUAUUGUCACUCAAUUAGCCACUGGUGGUGAAUUGUUUGAUAGAAUUGUGAAAGAGGGAAAAUUUACUGAAAGUGAUGCAGUUAUAGUCAUUGUUCAAAUUUUGAAAGCUGUUUCAUAUUUACAUGAUGAACUGAAUAUUGUUCAUCGUGAUUUGAAACCGGAAAAUUUAAUUUAUAUUACUGAGGAUCCAAAUUCUCAAUUAGUGUUGGCAGAUUUUGGUAUUGCCAAAGAGUUAUUAACACCUGAUGAGGUUUUAACUAGUGCAGCUGGUAGUUUUGGUUAUUGUGCGCCAGAAGUCUUGAUGGGUACAGGACAUGGUAAACCAUGUGACAUAUGGUCAUUGGGUGUAAUUGCAUUCACUUUAUUAGUUGGUUAUUCACCAUUCAGAUCUGAAAAUGUGAAUGAUUUCUUACAAGAAGUUCAAAAUGAUCCUGUUGUUGUGUUCCAUAAACAAUAUUGGAAAAACAUUUCUCAAUAUGCAAAAGAUUUUAUUAAAAGCUGUCUAACAGUUGACCCUAAGAAAAGACCUAGUGCAAAGCAAUUAUUAUCAGAUCCGUGGAUAACUGCUAACUCAGACGUUUAUGCCACAGAUGAUUUAGCUCCACAAAUUAGACAAUUCAAUGCUAAAAAGAAAUUCAAACAAGCUGUGGAAAUUGUGAAACUGAAUAAUAGAAUCAAGAAAUUGAGAGAAUUGGAAGAUGAUGAAGGUGAAGAAGAUUCAGAUUUGGCUUUGUGCAAACAGGACCCAGAUUCUUCAAGUGAAAGUACUUCAAGUAGCGAAAGGGCAUUUGAUUUAUCAAGCAUAGUUCAAUCAUUGAAGUCUGCUAGCUCAUCAUCUUCCUCAAAGUCAAAAUCUGAAUUGAAUGCAAGCUUAUUUCAUCAAGUGGUUAGAGCUGCUACUAAUAAUAGAGAGAAGGUGUUAAGUUAUGAUGAAGAAUUG